AUGGCGGAGGCCAUUGGGGGCAACUUCAUGCCGCCCUCGAUGGCGUUGAUUCGCAACCUUCGGGCCUUUCGCAUCUUCCGGCUCUUCAAGCGGAUCAAGUCGCUCAACAAGAUCAUCGUCUCGCUCGGCAAGGCGAUUCCCGGCGUCGCCAACGCGUUUGUCAUCAUGGUGAUAAUCAUGUGCAUCUAUGCCAUCCUCGGCGUCGAAUUCUACCACAUGACGGGCUCCGACGGCACCUAUGUCACGUACAACGACAACGUCAAGCGAGGGCUCUGCACAGGGGACGAGGUAGAGUUGGGCCAAUGCUCGCUCAACCAGACGGUCUCGUCCGAGACGGCGAGAGGGUACACGUAUGGCGAGGAGUAUUAUGGCACCUUCUUCCGCGCGUUGUACACGCUCUUCCAGGUGCUGACGGGCGAAUCGUGGUCCGAGGCUGUCGCUCGCCCCGCCGUCUUUGAGUCGCACUAUGACUCGUUCGGGCCCGUCCUCUUUUACGUCUCGUUUAUCAUCAUCUGCCAGAUCGUACUGAUCAAUGUCGUGGUUGCAGUGCUGCUCGACAAGAUGGUGGAGGAGGACGACUCGGAGGACCCGGAGAAGCAGACGGUCGCCGAGAAGCUUAGCGAGAUGCUCUCACAGGAGCACGCGCAGCUUCGGGAGAUCUUCCGCACGUGGGACGAGGACAACUCGGGCACGAUCAGCAUCAAGGAGUGGCGCAAGGCCGUCAAGAGCAUGGGGUAUCGCGGGCCGAUCGACGUGCUCGACCAGAUCUUCGCGUCGAUGGACAAGGACCACUCGGGGGAGCUCGACUACGCCGAGAUCGACCGCAUGCUUUCCCCCACUGCUGCGCGGGAGCGCCGCUCGUCCACGCACGCCAACCCGAAGCGCUCGGUCAAGGAGGAAGUGGUGGCAAUGCGGGCCGAGUUCACGGACCACGUCGCGAGACUGGAGACUCAAAUCGCUGCGCUCGUGCUUGAGCUGCAGUUGCAAAGAAAACCUUGCGGCGCGGAGGCGCCGGCUCCUGCGCACUCGCGACUCGCGCACGACUCGGACGGCGCUCCCACAGAGCCGCCACCUCCUGCUGCUCCGGAUCACCACCACCUCGAGGACGACGAGGACACGACGCAGCGUGUGUGA